AUGGAUCUUAUAUCCCAAAUUGGGUUUGGGAAUCUACACUGCUUAUGGAGCAUUGAUACCACAAAGAUAUCGGUGUGUGAGUGUGGCCAAAGGGACACCGAGGAGGUGACGACACUGAAGACCGUUGUUGUGUUGAGGAGUGAUGUGGAUCAGCUGAAGUCCACCGACAUGUCCAAGAUUUUUGGGAUGGUGGAGAUCCCAGAUAUGCCAGAUAAGAGUCUGGCUACCACCGGAGAUGGGGGUAGAGUUGAGGAGACAACUAAUCUGGAGUCUGAGGCGGAGACUGAUGAGGAGAUGUUUGAGCUGGUUGAGGAAACUUUAUAUGAGGGCCUUGCUGAGACUGAGUAA